UCAUAAUGGGUAAUAAAUGAUGCUCAGAAUAUUUAGAUUCAGAAGAAACAGAAAACAGGACGAUUAUGAAGGAAUCAGAAAAACUCUCUCCUGAUGAGCUUAUUGAUCACUAUGCUAAACAUUUACCGCUUGUGGUUAAAAUCCAAUCAAAAGCUCGGAGUUAUAUAGCCCAACGAAAAUUCAGGAGCAAGCUUAUGGAGUAUGUCCAAGAUAGAGAUCGAAGUAAUAGUGAGAUCCAACAAAACGUCAGCAGGAACAACACAGACAGCAUGAACGAAGACAAGAGGCAGGAAUACUACACGAAUGCCAACCACAUAAACCUGCAUCAUCAAGAGAUGGGCCAGGCCGAAGAAGAGAAGAUGUAUGCAGGAGGAAAAUUCCAGAAUAGUUCAAAUGAUAUGGACCAAAUGAAUCCGGUGCGCUUCACUAGCCAGUAUUUGAACUUCUACAAAGAAUCUUCUACGCUUUCUCACAUGAACAACCCUAAGGUGAUUGAAGUCUUAAACAAUGUGGAUAACUACAGGUAUCUGGACUCACAGACCAGCUCUGAGCGGGAAGAACUCAUCUCAAGAGAGCCUCUCGAGAUGCCAGACGGCUCUAUCUACGAAGGCCAGUGGUCUCAAGAUAACAAAAGGCAUGGCCGAGGCAAAUGCAUCUGGAAAAACGGUGCAGUCUAUGAAGGCAACUGGGAAAAUAACUUCCCUGAAGGCCACGGAAGGAUCAUACAUGAAGAUGGCGAUAUGUACGAAGGAUUCUGGAGAAAGGGCAAGGCUCAUGGCGAAGGAAUUUUUAUUAAAGAAUCAGGUGCGAAAUACUUCGGAAUUUGGAUUAACGACAAACAGAACGGCUACGGAAAGGAGAAAUGGACCGACGGAACCAAAUUCGAAGGCCUGUAUGUCAACGGCAAGAAGGAAGGCUACGGCAAACUCCAGUGGCCAGAUGGGUCGAUCUACGAAGGCGAUUUUAAGAACAACAUCAUUGAUGGCUAUGGCAAGCAGAAAACUGCUAAUAACUCAGUCUACCAAGGCGAGUGGAAAGAUGGCAAAAGAGAAGGCAAAGGUAUCUUCAAAUGGGCAGAUGGAAGGCAGUAUGAAGGCGAGUAUAAAAAUGAUAAAAAGAACGGGAAGGGAAUCUUCACCUACCCUAACGGCGAGCGAUACGAAGGAGAAUGGUUCAAUGGGAAACAAAACGGUGCUGGAAAAUUAGUUAAGUCUGAUGGAACUGAGCAAGUAGGAAGGUGGAAUAUGGGUAAUUUUAUUCAACAGAUACAUGUUGAGUAUAGUAAUUUAGUAGAACACUAAAUAAUUUUAUUGGCUAAAUCAUAACUGC